GUCGCUGAAUAUCUGCGCGUGCACGAUAAGCAUGAAGACGAAGAAGCCGAGUUCGUAAUCUUCAUCGACGGCCAAGGGAGAGCUCACUGUGAAUUUCUUGUCUGAUAACCCCCAGUUCGCACCGAGAAGAGCUUCGAAAUACUUUGAAUGUCUUUUCAGGGCCUGACUUGAGACGCGAAGAAGGCGUGCGUCUGCAUCGUUGCCGACUUUAAUGACCAUGUCCCCGUCGUGCACAAUGUCAAGCACGUCACCAUCAGAUUUGCCAGGGUUGACCAUUUGUUCGAGAACCGAGGUAUUCUCCGAGUCAGUCAUAGUGAUGGGAUUGCUCAAAGUGUGAAGCUAUUGGGUGUCUGGUGGCUCUGAUUGAGUUGAAAUGUCCAGCACGCAGGAAUCAAAGAAUGGUUAGGAGGGAGAUACAUUACGGAAGAAGAGGUUUAAAGUCUGCCUGGAACGGCAGAGAAAGGCUUCAACUCAGUGCCUGCAACUACAGAAGCAGUCUUCGACAAAGAAAGUGGCCAGGAAGGCAUCUCGGAUUGCUUCUUUGUAGAAUGACUGCCUCACGUCGAGGUGGUGGAAGUGAGGCAGUUGUUCACCUCCUGUGUGACUUUGGGGAACUGCCUCAGAUGUUAAUUAUCGCCGCUGAACUUGACUCUAACCCUGCCAUUUUGGACUGCCUCUGCUCCAAGCAUGAUGUCUUUUUGGGCCAACAUGAAAGCGAAUUUGGGCAACGGCGCCUGGCGUGAUGCUUGGUGCCCUUCUUCGAAAUAGGCGAUCAAUCGACAUCUGAUAAUAUAUCAUUUCCGAGAAGGUAUGAAGCGAGCCCUUAACUAUUGUAACCUGGAAGGUGUUUCGCAGGAAAAUGUAG